AUGCGUGUCAUCAAUACUUUGGCUCUACUGAGCGCACCGUUGAUCCUACCUGUACUUGCUCAGGUAUCAGAGGACUCGUCCGCCAUGUUCCCUCUCAGCAACAACACCGAGUUCUCUUUCGUCUUGGAGAGCGUCCUGUCGCUCAGCAAUAAUCAGGGUGCUCAGAUAGGCGAGGUCUUGCGAGCGGCAAGCCAAAUCGUCCCCGGUGACUUUGAGAGCUGGUAUAAAGAAUUCCUGUUCUUGGGUGACUCCAUUCAUGCUAAGGCCAUCGCUAUCAACGCCUCGCGCUUCCCAGCCUCAGCUCGAUCAGCUUACUUUCGCUCAUCCACUUACUACCGCUAUGCUCCGUUCUUCCUGCAUGCGAAUGCGAGUGAUCCACGAAUCAAUGAGAUGGGAGCUCUCUCUGUUGCGGACUUCGACAAAGCUGCAGCCCUGCUUCCUCAGCCUGCCAUCAAGGCCAAUCUCUCGGCCUCUAGUCCCAACGUCCCGAACGGUCAUUUCUCUGUACCUGUCAGGUUCUUCAAAGGACAGUCAAGCAAUAAGCGACUGCCGACAAUCAUCGUCGGAACUGGAUACGAUGGUACACAGGAGGACUUAUUCCACGAGACGGGCGUUGAGAUCCUCGCCCGCGGUUGGAACAUCAUUACCUACGAAGGGCCCGGCCAGCCAACCGUUCUCCGCGAGCAGAAUCUCGGCUUCAUCCCAGACUGGUGGAACGUUGUCACGCCUGUCGUAGACUACCUAGCCACUCGCAGCGACGUCGACAUGAACCGGGUUGCGCUGACGGGCGUUUCCUUCGGCGGCCAACUUGCUCCACUCGCUGCAUCCCACGAGCCUCGUCUGUCUGCGGUGCUAUCUAUCGACGGCUUGAGUGACAUGUAUUCAGUUUUCGAAAGCCAGUUCGACCCUGCGCUAUUGGACCUCUACAACACUGGCCAUUAUGCCGAGUUCGACGAGGCCCUCAUUUCCACGAUACACAACACCUCUAUGCCAACUCAGUUGCGUUGGAUCCUCGCCCAAUCGUUGUUCACUUUCAACACAGACAGUCCUUCCGACUGGUGGCGGCGUUUGCCCGCGUACGCCGCUAAUGAAACUGUCCUCGCCAAUAUCAAAUUCCCUGCUUUCAUUGGAAAAGGCGAAGAUGAUAGCACUGCACCGAACCAGCCCGAGGAAAUGUUCAAGUGGCUGGGAAGUAGAGGUGCCUUCAACCUCUUCCGCACGGAUCUUGGUGCUGGCGAACACUGUCAGCUCGGUGCCGAAGCCCAGUUGGCCCAAGUCACGCUGGACUGGUUGGCCGAUGUCUGGGACAAUGUUAAGUUGCCGGCGAAUUUGACCAGCGGUACGUAUUGA